AUGUCGGAGCGUAAGGGCGGACGUAGAGGAGGAGGAGGGGAUCCCGAAACGGCUCGGGUGUAUCAGGAGUUCCUCAAGACAUUUCAGCCGGAGGACCCUUCUGCGGACAAAACCUUUGUCAGAGGAGGAGUGAUGAACGCGGGCUCAGGCCAGAUUGCCGUCGACAGCAAAAAGGAGUUUGGAUUCAUUCUCAGGGCUUAUGAGAUUAAAAAGCGUCAGGAAUUGCAGGGCCAGAAGCGGCGACUCUACGAAAGGCUAAACCUCUCCCGUACAGAGGAAGAACGAUGCGCCCUUCGCUUCCAAAUAGCGGCACUCGAGAACGCUACGAGGCCCCGCGGGGCCCCCCCGAUCGACUUAGAGAAGGAGAGCUCAACGAAUUUGUAUCUGGGGAAUUUAUCGCCUGAGAUAACUGAGGAGUUUCUCUGUCAGCAGUUCGGGAAGCAUGGGGUCAUUACCAGCGUAAAGAUUAUGUAUCCGCGAACAGAAGAAGAAAAACGCCGCAACAGGAACUGCGGAUUCGUUUCGUUUGAAACCAGGCCCCAAGCUGAGUCUGCGAAGAACAGCCUGGACGGAAAGUCUUUCUAUGGAAUGGUCAUCCGCAUUGGGUGGGGGAAAGCAUUACGCCCGUCAUUCGGCGCCACUCCCACUGGCAUGAGCAGCGGCUUCUCGGACUCUCCAUUCCCUUCCACGGGCUUUUCUCCAUCUCCCCCAACGAACUUUACCGCAGAGGUCCCAGCAGCGACUCCAACGCCUCCCCCGCCUCCUGAAGCGGAGUUGGUCGAGGUGCAGGUGCCUAAGGACCGCAAAGUCAAGAUGAUGAUUGACCUGCUGGCGAAAUACGUAGCUGAGGAAGGGCAUGUCUUUGAGCAGCAAGUCAUGGAGAAGUUUCCUCCAGAAAGCGGCCGUCUCAGUUUCCUCUAUGAAAAGGAUUCGCCGGACAACAUUUACUACAGGUGGCGUGUGUACGCCUUCGGUCAGGGAGACACUCUGAAGGCAUGGCGCCUCGAGCCUUUUUACAUCUACUCGGGCGGCAGGCGGGCUAGGAAGAAGGCAGAGGCAGCAGAGGAACGGAGUCUCCGGGCAGCUGCCCGUGGGGGCGAACGGCUGAGUGCAGCAGACCGAGAGGAGCUGGAGGAGCUGCUGCGCAACAUAACGCGGGAUAGGGCAUCGAUAUGCACGGCGAUGUCCUUUUGCAUGUCGCACGGGAGCAGCAGCGCGGAGGUGUGCAGCUGUCUGACGGAGUCGCUGACACUGCCAGACACGGCCCUGACGAUGCGGUUGGCGCGCAUGUAUCUCCUGUCGGAUUUGUUGGCUAACUCCAGCGCGCAGACGGCUCAUGCCUGGACCUACCGACAUCACUUAGAGAAGCACUUACCCUUCAUUGCAGACCGCUGGAGCAAAGUGCUAGAAGACCUCCGGUUGGGCGUAGGUGCUGGGGGGGCUAGCCCGCGAACCCAACAGGAGCAGUGGCAGGGAGUCGAGAGGGCUCUCUACAAGAUGACAAAGCUGUGGGAGGCCUGGGGCGUAUAUCCGCCUGCGUUUCUUAGGGGCAUCGAGGCCACGCUUUGCGGCCGCGACAUAACAGCAACAAUUCUGGAUCCCGAAGCAGCAGCAGCAGCAGCAGCAAAAUGUGAGGCUGCUGCACUCGAGCUCGCAGACCCUCAGCUGGACGGAGAGCCUUUGGCCGAAAACCUGCGGCCCCUCAUCGCGCAGUUCCCCCUUUGGCUGCGACCUGCUGCAAUGGAAUGGUUGCUACUCGACCGGUACCAGCUAGACAGGCUCUGCCAGCAACGGGGGCUGGGCGUGUUGCCUUCUCGCAGCAGCAGCAGCAGCAGCAGCGAAAGGCGCCAGAAGCAGGUCUUGCAGCUGGCGAGACAGGAGCUAUACUGGAAGCUAAAGCAAGAGGCUGCAGAGGUGCCGCUCGACGUGCUCCUGGAGGCUCAGGCUGCUGCGGCAGCAGAGCGUCAAGCAGCAGCUGCUGCUGCAGCUGCGGCGGUUACACAGGAGGCCGUACCAACUACUGAAGUACCUGAGGGAUCCACUGGUGCACAAGAUGGUGGCGCGAAGCAGACGGCUGAGGAGCAGCAGCAGCAAGACGACGUGGCAAGCGAAGCCUCAGACAUUUUUGUGUUUGAGAGGGAAGAGGAGGAGCAACCGCAGCAGCAGCAGGAGGAAGACGAAGGCGCCGGUGCAUCAGCAGCGACAGCGGCAGCAACGGCGGAGUCGCAAGAGGCCCGGGAGUCUGACAGAGAGCGCAUGCGGGCGAUCGAGCUGAAGGUCACCGAGCUGCAGGUGCAGCUUGAAGAUCAGAGUGAGUCUGACGUGCCUUCAGCGCCCAGUGACUUUGACACUGACUAUCCCCGUGUUUCUAAGGAUGAAAUCGCCAGCCGCUGCGACGCUCUCAGACAAAAGCUCCUUGAGGAGCAGAAGACCACAGAAGAGACGGCCAAGCGAAAAACGGCGAAGAGCCGUGACCGAAGUAGUUCCCCCCACAGCAGUCGCAAGAAGGCGAAGAGCAACCACAGCGAAAGCUCGAGCGCUCAAUAG